GAGGCAUCACUGGAGGAGCAAGAGUUCAUGGAGGUGUGGGGGAAGAAAGCCAAGGAGCUCUAUGGCAGCAUCUGGAGCAACUUCAGUGACACACAGCUGAGGAAAAUCAUCAGCUCCAUCCAGACCCUGGGACCCUCCAACCUGCCCCUGGACAAGAGAGAGCAGUACAACACCAUCCUGAGCGACAUGGACAAAAUCUACUCCACAGCCAAGGUGUGUCUGGCCAACAGUACCUGCUGGGAGCUGGAGCCAGACAUCUCGGACAUCAUGGCCACCUCCCGCAGCUACAAGAAGCUGCUCUACGCCUGGGAGGGGUGGCACAACGCCGCAGGCAACCCUCUGCGCGCCAAGUACGAGGAGUUCGUGCAGCUGAGCAACGAGGCCUAUCAGAUGGAUGGAUUUGAGGACACAGGCAGCUACUGGCGCUCCUGGUACGACUCAGCCUCCUUUGAGGAUGACCUGGAGCACCUCUACAACCAGGUGGAGCCUCUCUACCUCAACCUGCACGCCUUCGUCCGGAGGAAGCUGUACGACCGCUAUGGCUCCAAAUACAUCAACCUGAAGGGCCCCAUCCCUGCUCACCUCCUGGGCAACAUGUGGGCUCAGCAGUGGAACAACAUCUAUGACUUGAUGAUCCCCUACCCUGACAAGCCCAACCUCGAUGUCACAAGCACCAUGGUGCAGCAGGGCUGGAACGCCACGCACAUGUUCCGGGUCUCGGAGGAGUUCUUCACCUCCCUGGGGCUGCUGGAGAUGCCCCCUGAAUUCUGGGACAAGUCCAUGCUGGAGAAGCCAGCGGACGGGCGGGAGGUGGUGUGUCACGCCUCGGCCUGGGACUUCUACAACCGCAAGGACUUCAGGAUCAAGCAGUGCACGACAGUGACCAUGGAGCAGCUGUUCACGGUGCACCAUGAGAUGGGCCACAUCCAGUACUACCUGCAGUACAAGGACCAGCCAGUCUCCUUCCGCAGCGGGGCCAAUCCCGGCUUCCAUGAGGCCAUCGGCGAUGUCAUGUCCCUGUCUGUGUCCACCCCCAGCCACCUCAAGGAAAUCGGUCUCCUCAACAGUGCCGCUGAGGACACAGAGAGCAACAUCAACUACCUGCUGAAGAUGGCCUUGGAGAAGAUCGCCUUCCUGCCCUUCGGCUACCUCAUCGACCAGUGGCGCUGGAACGUGUUCAGUGGCCGCACACCCCCGAGCCGCUACAACUACGACUGGUGGUAUCUGAGAACCAAAUACCAGGGUAUCUGUGCUCCGAUUUCAAGGAACGAAAGCAACUUUGACCCUGGAGCAAAGUAUCACAUCCCUGGGAAUACCCCUUACAUCAGGGAAGUGUUGAAAGCUGGGUCUUCCAAGUCAUGGCAGGAAAUCCUGUUCAACCUCACUGGCACGGAUAAGAUGGAUGCUGGGGCCCUCCUGGAGUACUUCAGCCCUGUCACUGAGUGGCUUCAGGAGCAGAACAACAAGACCAAUGAGGUGCUGGGCUGGCCUGAGUUUGACUGGCGUCCCCCUAUCCCUGAAGGCUACCCUGAGGGCAUUGACAAAAUAUCAGACGAAGCACAAGCUAAAGAGUUCCUGGCCGAGUACAACAGCACAGCUGAGGCAGUGUGGAAUGCCUACACCGAGGCAUCCUGGGCCUACAACACCAACAUUACCGACCACAACAAGGAGAUCAUGCUGGAGAAGAACUUGGCCAUGUCCAGGCACACACUUGAGUACGGCAUGAGGGCCAGGCAGUUCGACCCCUCCGACUUCCAGGACCAGAGUGUCACACGCAUCCUCAGGAAGCUGAGUGUCAUUGAGAGGGCAGCCCUGCCCGAGGAUGAGCUGAAGGAGUAUAACACCCUCCUCUCAGAUAUGGAGACCACAUACAGCAUAGCCAAGGUCUGCAGAGAGAACAAAACCUGUCACCCACUGGAUCCUGACCUCACAGACAUCAUGGCCACCUCACGGGACUAUGAUGAGCUCCUCUUUGUCUGGAAGGGCUGGCGGGAUGCUUCUGGGAAGCAGAUCAAGAACAACUACAAGCGAUACGUGGAACUGAGCAACAAGGCAGCCGUGCUCAACGGCUACUCAGAUAAUGGGGCCUUCUGGAGAUCCCUGUAUGAGACAUCCACCUUCGAGGAAGACCUAGAGAGGUUGUACCUGCAGCUGCAGCCCCUGUACCUCAAUCUACAUGCCUACGUACGCCGAGCCUUGUACAGAAAGUAUGGUGGAGAGCACAUAAACCUGAAGGGUCCCAUCCCUGCUCAUCUGCUAGGCAACAUGUGGGCGCAGUCAUGGUCCAACAUUUUCGACCUGGUGAUGCCUUUCCCAGAUGCCACCAAGGUGGAUGCCACCCCGGCCAUGAAACAACAGGGCUGGACUCCCAAGAGGAUGUUUGAAGAGUCGGACCGUUUCUUCACCUCUCUGGGCCUCAUCCCUAUGCCAGAGGAGUUCUGGGACAAGUCCAUGAUCGAGAAGCCAGCAGAUGGGCGGGAGGUGGUGUGUCAUGCCUCAGCCUGGGACUUCUACAACCGCAAGGACUUCAGGAUCAAGCAGUGCACCGUGGUGAACAUGGACGACCUGAUCACGGUGCACCAUGAGAUGGGCCACGUCCAGUACUUCCUGCAGUACAUGGACCAGCCCAUCUCCUUCCGUGACGGGGCCAACCCUGGCUUCCAUGAGGCUGUUGGGGAUGUCAUGGCCUUGUCUGUCUCCACCCCAAAACACUUGCACAGCAUCAACCUGCUGGACCAAGUCACAGACAACACAGAGAGUGACAUUAACUACCUGAUGAGCAUCGCCCUGGACAAAAUCGCCUUCCUGCCCUUCGGGUACCUCAUGGACCAGUGGCGCUGGAAGGUCUUUGAUGGGCGGAUCAAGGAGGAUGAGUACAACCAGGAGUGGUGGAACCUCAGGUUGAAGUACCAGGGCUUGUGCCCACCAACACCAAGGUCUGAAGAUGACUUUGACCCCGGUGCAAAGUUUCACAUCCCUGCCAAUGUUCCCUACAUCAGGUACUUCGUCAGCUUCGUGAUCCAGUUCCAGUUCCACCAGGCACUGUGUGCGGCAGCCAAGCACACAGGUCCCCUGCACACGUGUGACAUCUACCAGUCCAAGGAGGCUGGGAACAUCCUGGGGGAGGCCCUGAAGCUGGGAUUCAGCAAGCCAUGGCCCGAAGCCAUGGAGCUCAUCACGGGGCAGCCCAAUAUGUCAGCUGAUGCUCUGAUGAGCUACUUUGAGCCGCUCAUGACAUGGCUGGUGAAUGAGAAUGAGAAGAAUGAGGAGGUCCUGGGCUGGCCUGAGUACAGCUGGACUCCCUACACAGCCACUACAGCCCAAGCCGGCUCCAGCCGAACUGAUUUCCUGGGCAUGUCCCUGGCCAGCAAUCAAGCCACAGCAGGCAGCUGGGUCCUGCUCGCCCUGGCACUCGUCUUCCUCAUCACCACCAUCUACUUGGGUGUCAAGUUCUCCUCAGCCAGGAGAAAGACCUUCAAAUCCAGCUCAGAAAUGGAACUGAAAUAA